AUGAGAAGCAGUAGUUCAGAAUUACUCCUCGAUGAACAAGGAGAACUUCGAAAACGUCAACUUCAAGUUUUAACACAACCAAAACGUACUAUAAAAUCCACCGAAAAAUCAUUACGUGAACAAGCUUGGUUUUAUACAACUGCAUUAUUAGUAUUAUUUUCUGUAUUGUCUGGCUCAUCAUUGCUGUUUCUCGUACCAUUGUAUGUAGAUCCAGCAUUAUCAACAUUAGUUGCCGAUUUUGUACAAGAACCAGUUACAUGUAUUACGUCUCGGCGAGAAGAUUUAACUGGUUUAUUAAAUUGUUCGUGGAAUUCAUGUCGUGAAGGUUGCACAAGUGAUGUGUAUCGUUGCACUCAUAUAUAUGUUACAUACGAUCCAGAUGUGUUAUAUUCAGAAAUCCAAAAUGAAAAUCUUAGUUGGAAGCUAGAUUCAUUACAUAUGAAUACAACAUUAUCAAUAGCACAUUCAACGGUUCCAUCUGUUAUUGAAGAAGCUGUACUAUUGGUGAAUAUAAAAGGAUGUGGUUAUCCGCCAAUGAUUCAUUGCACCAAUUUUACAAGUACAUACGGUGUAGAAGGUGUUGAAUUUCCAUGCUAUUAUUCAAGAGAGAAUAGGACUGUUGUGUUACCCCAUUACAACCAAGAGGAACAUAUCUCCAUUAUACUACAUUAUUUUGCAGUUCCAUUUGUUAUCACGUUAACAACAUCGGUUGCAUUGUGUGUAAUGCAUUGUGAUUGUACAUGUCGUGGAAGUCCAGUUCAAUUAUCGAAACGACAGAAUCGAAGGCCAAGAAAUAUUAAUGAUCUUAAAUACCCCUGUAGUGAUGGUUCAAUAAGCACACGAGUAGAUAUGCUAACUCCUGGAUCAACUGGUCAAGGUCGACAUUUAUUACCUGGAGCUUCAAGUCAUUCAGGAUGCCGCGGAGAAUAUAGGCAAUGCGGAGAUGAUGCGGGUAAUUGUGCAGGUGAAGCGGCUGAGAUUGGUACAUAUCUACUUUGACGAUGUCCAUCGUCAUAAAACUCGUCGUCAUAUAUUAUAUAAAUAAGACUCUACUACGACAUGCUGGAAAGAAGAUAUCUAACAAUAUGCACUGUGUAAAACAUAAUAGCAAAAACUCGAAGUUUAUUACUCGAC